AUGAAUAUCAUCGGCUGCAAGUGGGUAUACCGCACCAAGAGAAAAGCAGAUGGUUCAGUAGAGCGGUAUAAGGCUCGACUCAUAGCAAAAGGGUUUAAUCAGGUAGCGAGUGAAGACUUCUUUGACACGUUCAGUCCUGUAGUCAAACCAACUACAGUUCGGAUGCUGUUUUCACUUGCCGUUUCCAACUCAUGGACGCUACGGCAGCUUGACGUGCACAAUGCGUUUCUUAAUGGAAAUAUAGCAGAAACUGUGUAUAUGAAACAACCACCGGGCUAUGAAGAUCCUCUACAUCCUGAUCAUACUGAUCUUUCUCUAUUCUACUACUCGUCAAAAUCCUCCAGAGUGUUCUUACUUGUGUAUGUGGAUGACAUCAUCAUGUUAGGAAAUGAUGCCAGCUUGAUUGAUGAUCUGCUUCUACGGCUCUCAUCUGUUUUUAAGAUCAGGGACCUGGGGACUCCGAGUUUCUUCUUAGGAAUAGAAACACUCACUGACGGAAAAGGAUUUAUCUUAUCUCAGAAACGAUACAUGACCGACAUUCUACACCGUGCAGGCAUGUCUGAUUGUAAACCGCUGGCUACACCCGCAGCUGUUACUGCACCAGCCACUCCGUCACUUGAACCUUAUGAGAAUCCGACUCAAUAUCGCCGAAUUGUAGGAGCUCUUCAAUAUCUUACUAUCACUCACCCGGAUCUGUCCUAUGCAGUCAACCGACUUUGCCAGUUUAUGCACUCCCUAACAGAAGCUCAUUGGGCCUUGUUGAAGAGGGUCCUUCGGUAUGUCAAGGGUUCACAGGAGUUCGGUCUGCGUAUUGUGGCUUCUUCCAGUACUGACAUACAGGCAUACUCCAAUUCAGACUGGGCUGGUUGUCCUAUAGACCGAAAGUCAACAAGUGGGUAUGCGGUUUAUCUAGGUGACAAUCUUGUGUCAUGGGGUUCUCGGAAACAGCGCACCGUAGCUCGUUCGUCUACAGAGGCAGAAUACAAGGGGUUGGCCGAUGUUUAUGCUGAGGUCACUUGGAUAGUAUCUUUACUUGUUGAGUUAGGCUUUCAUUCGGGAAAACCAGCUACGCUGUGGUGUGACAAUCUCGGGGCGACCUACUUAGCGGCCAAUCCAGUGUUUCACGCUCGCACAAAGCACGUGGAAAUUGACUACCAUUUUGUGCGUGACAAAGUCGCGACCGGUGAUCUCAUUGUCAACUUUGUGUCAACACGAGAUCAGAUAGCUGAUAUCUUCACCAAACCCUUGCCGGCACACCGGUUUCAGUUUCUGCGGGACAAGCUCAACGUUGCGGCUAUACAACCCUGCGCUUGA